AUGGCGCCGUUUUCUGUCAAAGGCAAGACGGCCGUCAUCACUGGUGCAGGCAUCAACUUUGCCUUUGCGCAGCUGCUUCUUAGCAAGGGUUGCAAUGUCGUCAUCGCCGACAUCAAGCUGCGGCCCGAGGCCGAGGCCGUGGUGAGCGAGCACAGCGGCGGCGGCGGCGGCGGCCCAGGUUCCGCGCGCGCCGUCUUCGUCAAGACGGACGUGACCGCGUGGGAGGACCUGCGCAACAUGUUUGACCGGGCCGUCGCCGAGUUUGGCGGCUUCGACAUCGUCUGCCCCGGCGCGGGCGUCUUCGAGCCGGACGCGUCCAACUUUUGGCACCCUCCCGGCUCCAGCAAGAGCCGGGACUUUGUCGACGCGAACCACUACACGGCGCUCGACAUUAACCUGACGCACCCGAUCCGCGCCACGCAGUUGGCGCUGCAGUAUUGGAUGCGCGGAGGGCCGGCGGCGGCGACGGAACCGGCUCCUAAGCGCGUCGUCAACAUCGCGUCCAUCGCCGGCUACACGCCCGUGUUCCCGUGCCCGCUGUACGCGGCGGCCAAGUUUGGCGUGGUCGGCUUCACGCGCUCGCUGGCGCCGCUCGAGGCGGCCGCGGGCGUGCGCGUGUGCGCGGUGGCGCCAGGCACCGUCAGCACGCCGAUGAUCCACGAGCACCCGGACAAGGACGGCGUCUACGACGCCGAACAGGACGUGCUGAUCCCGGUGCGCGAGGUCGCGGAGGCGAUGCUGCUGCUGGUCGAGUCGGAGGAGUACGCGGGCGGCACGGUGCUGGAGGUCGGCGCGCACUCCACCAGGAAGGUGUCGGUGUGGAACGAUCCCGGUCCGAGCCAGGAGCCGCGCCAGGGGACGACGCUGUCGAACCUCAAGUACAAGGCGGAGGCCAUCGUGUCGUCGCUCAAGGAUGGGACGUGGCAGAAGCCGUAG